AUGACAUUCAAACUUUUGUUUCAAAAAAGGACAAAAAAAGUUCUGGUACCAAAAUCCGAACCUGAGGCUCAGGUUAGGUUCGGUAUACCUAGGGAAAUAAUACUCUGUAAACGGAACUCGUAAAAGAAGAGAGAGAAACAGCCUACAGAGAGAAGAGAGAGAGAAAGUGAGACAGGAAGCUCGGAGCAGAAAAAGAUGGGUCAGAUCGUGAGGAGGAAGAGGAGAGGAAGGCCAUCUAACACAGAUCGAGCUCGGAUUAACUAUUCCGCCACGCCCCCGUCACCGGUGGACCGACGGAGGAGCCGUAGACGCCGCAACGUCAGGUACAACUUUGACAUCGAUGACUAUGUAGACGACGAUGAGUUUUAUGAUGAUGAAGAUGAGGAAGUAGGUAGGAGAGAGAAGAAGCUCAGGUUAUUGCUAUCUGAAGAUGAUUCCAGGCCGAACACGCGGCGCGUGAGACACGCGCCCGCGUCUUCUUCGUCGGAUGAUUACGAUGAUGAUGACGAUGCCGAUGUUAAGCAUUCGAAGAAACGGAAAAUUGAUACAAGUGACGGAGAAGAUGAUGAAGAUAAUGAAUUUGAAGAGAUAAGAGGGCGGAAAUUGGAAGAAGAGGACGAUGAAGAAGAAGAAGAACAAGAAGAAGAAGAAGAAGACGAAGCACCAGGAGGGUCGGACUUCGUUUGUGGGAUGGCGUCAGAUCUUUCUAAAGGGGUACCUUUGCCUGACAAAAAGACUCUAGAGUUGAUUCUCGACAAACUUCAAAAAAAAGAUACUUAUGGUGUUUACGCUGAGCCAGUUGAUCCUGAUGAGCUUCCUGAUUAUCAUGAUGUGAUCAAGCACCCAAUGGACUUCGCCACUGUGAGGAAAAAGCUUGCAAAAGGAGCCUAUUUAAGUUUAAAAGAAUUUGAGAGUGAUGUGUAUCUGAUUUGCACCAAUGCAAUGCAAUACAAUGCACCAGAUACAAUCUACUAUAAACAGGCAAGCUCUAUUCAAGAGCAGGCGAAACUAAGAUUCCAGAGACUAAGAGCAAAUGUUGAUCGAUCCGAGAUAGAACUCAACACAGACCAUAAAAUAACACCAACUACCUUCUCCCCACCUAAAAAACAAUUAAAGAAACCACCUGUGCAUGAUGACCCUGUUGAGUCUGAAACCUUAUCUGGUGCCAAUGGUGCCAAUGUCAGAUUACAAGAAUUCCCAAAUGGCUCAUCUGCCCAGACUCCUAUCAGGCCAAAUCCAUAUAGUAGUGGUGAAGUGCUUAUUCCUGAAAACUCUUCCUUUCCUGAUAACAGUCUAGAUAAAGACCAAGAUUCAGUACCAGGAAAGGGUUUAAUGUCUAAACCUGGAAGGAAAGCUGUACAUGAUGAAAAUAGACGUGCAACAUACAACACAUCUGUUGAACCAGUAACUGAAUCAGACUCCAUAUUUUCAAUCUUUGAGGGUGAAAGCAAGCAGUUCAUUCCUGUGGGUCUACAUGCAGAUCAUUCAUAUGCGAGAAGCCUGGCUCGUUUUGCUGCAACACUGGGAUCGGUUGCUUGGAAAGUCGCAUCUCAAACCAUAGAACAAGCGUUGCCAGGUGGCGUCAAAUAUGGGCGCGGAUGGGUUGGUGAAUACGAACCACUUCCCACUUCAGUCCUAAUCAUGCCUGGAGACUACACCUUAAAAGAUUUUCUACAAGAAAAAACAACAGCAGCUUCUACAAGUAACAAUAAUAAACCCCCUAAACCUAAAUCUGUAAAACAUGAGUCUCCUACCCCUAGGGAACCCCCCAUUAGACCUCCUUUCUUCAAAUUUUCUGCUUCAGACUCAUUGGUCGAACUGAACCACCCUCCACCCCCACCCCCACCUGUAAUUACAAGAAAACCGGUUCACACCACCGCCUCUGACAUCCCGUCACCACCAGUUUCACGAAACGGAAAUCUUAUGUACUCAAAUACUCAGAAUGACGGAUUUACCCCUGGGAGACCAAAUAAAGUAAACACAACACCAGCACCAACAGCAGUUGGUCAGGAACUGCAAGACCCGGUUCAGAUGAUGAAAAUGUUAGCCGAGAGGAGUCAAAAUCAACAGAAUAACAACUUGAACAGUUUUGGUUUUGACUCAAAGGGGUUGAAAAGGGAGGAUCCAAGUGGUAAUGCAGCAGCUGCUCAGGCGUGGAUGUCGUUAGGUGGGACUGGGACCCACAAACAACAGAUACCAGUUGAGUCUUUGUAUAGCCGAAAUCAAGCUCCUCAAGUCUCACGGUUUCGUGGCGAGCUUCAUUUUCAGGGCCAACAACAACAACCGGUUCAGGCGUUUGUCCCUCAACAAGUCCAGGGGGGUGGGGGUCAUCUUCAAAAUAGACACAUGGGUUUGGGUUUCCCUCAGUUAGUCACUGCUGACCUGUCGAGGUUCCAGAUGCAGCCUAGUUGGAGAGGGGUAGGGGUUAACCCACAGCAGUUGAGACCAAAGCAACAGGAAUCAUCCACAUGUCCACCAGAUCUGAAUAUAGGCUACCAGUCAUCUCCUGUGAGACAGUCUACUGGUCGGAAGCUUGAAUUUUGGCCUGGAGGAGUUACUUAUAAGGUUGGGUACACCUCAUUUCCAUCCAUUUAUGGAAAAUAUCGACUAUGGAAUAUAUUGAUUCCUUUUCUUUUUUGUACCGAUUUACUACUUCAUUAACUGUUAACGAUCAUUAAGGAUCCG